AUGCGCUUAAGCCGGGAAGGCAGCGACGGCGCGACGUGCCAGGCUGACGCGUGCGCGGCCGGCCGAUUCGCACAAUGCACGAACCGUCAGCUUGCGCCAUCGCAUCGCAUGCAGAUGCAGGCGCGCCGCGCGCAGCCGGCCCGAGCAUAUCCACUGGAUGCUGGCGGCGAUUCCGUGGCGCACUCCGCCCUGGCGUCCAACGCCUCGCGCCGUGGCGGCCGCCCGCCUCCCUCGUCUCGUCUGCAGUCUCCUCCCUACAAAGAAGCAAGCGCCAAGCCAAGCCGCCAACGCAAGCAGAGCAGAGCUGCGGAACCGCACCAAGGCCAUCGCCCACCAGUCAGUCCUAUGGCGGGGAACGGCGGCGAGGGUGCGGUCGGGAAGGUGGCCUGCGCGGCGUGGAUACGGCGGCGGGACGAUGACGGCUGGCCACCCGGCGUCUCCCGCCUCCUCGUGGCGUUCGGCCGCGGGGCCACGACCUCGUCCCCGCCGCUCGUCGACGUCCUCGAGUUCGACGCCAAGGCAUCCGCACUCGCCUCCGAGACCGAGCCCCUGGCGAGGGUCACCGUGGGCGAGGAGGCAGCGGACACGCCGCGCGCGAUCGCCGUGCACCCCGGCGGCCGGGAGCUCGUCUGCACAACCGCCAAAGGCUGCAGGGUAUUUAAUCUGGUUUAUAAAGACUUCGGUAUUCACCUUAUUUCAAGAGAUGCUUCACCUCUCCAAUCUGUUGGGCCUCAAAAAUGUUUAGCAUUCAGCACUGAUGGUGCUAAGUUUGCUGUUGGUGGUGAGGAUGGACGUCUCAGAAUAUUUCAUUGGCCAAGUCUCAAUGUGAUUUUGGACGAACCUAAAGCUCACAAAUCCUUCCGUGACAUGGACAUCAGCUUAGACUCAAAGUUUUUAGUUUCAUCAUCCAUUGAUGGCUCUGCAAGAAUAUGGAACAUUGAUGAGGGGGCUCCACUAAUCAAUUUGACAAGAUCUUCGGAUGAGAAGAUUGAGUACUGUCGCUUUUCUAGGGAUGGAGCCAAACCUUUCCUGUUUUGCACACUUGUAAAAGGUCGUGAUGUUUGGACUAUGGCUGUGGACAUAAGUAAUUGGAAGAGAAUUGGUUACAAAAGAAUUUCAACAAAGCCCAUUUCCACACUCGCAAUUAGCUUGGACGGGAAAUAUCUUGCACUAGGAAAUCGUGACGGUGACUUUUGCGCCAUGGAAAUAAAGAAGAUGGAGGUUGCUCACUGGAGCAAGAAGGUUCAUCUUGGCUUCCCAGUUUCCUCCAUUGAAUUUUGUCCUACUGAAAGAGUUGUAAUCUCCACCUCACAUCAAUGGGGAGCAGAGAUAACAAAACUUGACGUCCCUCCCGAAUGGAAAGUGUGGCAGAUCUGGGUGGUGCUCCUGAGCCUCUUCGUGUCGUCGGCCGUCCUCUUCUACGUCUUCUUCAAGCACGCAAGGCUCAACCUGAGGCCAUAG